AUAUGCGGUACAUAUAUACACGGUACAGCACAUACAGCACAUACGGCACACUGCUGACUGCACAGUAGGUAGUAAUGGUGAUCAGCCGUUACAUUCUUCCUCCAAUAGAAACUCACAUGUCUCGAAUCGACCCCAACUAAGGUCACAACACGUGAAUCACCUUGUUUGCCUGGUCUAGAGCUCGUGUGCUUGCCGGCACGCAAUUACGCCCUGAUAUUUGUCAACUUUUUAUACAUGAACUAGCGCGGAAAUUAUCGAAGAUGGGGCAGCACGUUUCCAGGACGGAUUUCGAAUGGAGCUGUACCGAGGAGCCGCAUGCGAGCCGGCGAAAAAUUAUUUUGGAAAAAUAUCCACAGAUCAAGAAGCUAUUUGGCUAUGAUCCUAACUUUAAAUGGGUGGUAACUGGCAUGGUGCUAGUACAAUUUGCAUCUAUGUUCAUCGUGAAGGACUUGAGUUAUCCAAUGCUUUUCCUAAUGGCUUAUUGCUUUGGUGGGGUGAUUAAUCAUUCCCUCAUGCUUGCUGUUCAUGAAAUUGCACACAAUCUUGCAUUUGGUCACUCUAGACCAAUGGCUAAUAAACUUUUUGGAUUUUUUGCAAAUCUUCCCAUAGGCAUUCCAAUUUCAAUUAGUUUUAAAAAGUAUCAUUUAGAACAUCACAGAUAUCAAGGAGAUGAAAAAUUGGAUACUGAUUUGCCCACUUUGCUGGAAGCAAAACUAUUUUGCACAACACUAGGAAAGUUUUGCUGGGUAUUACUGCAACCAUUUUUUUAUUCGUUUCGGCCACUGGUUGUCUAUCCCAAACCUCCAACCUUUCUAGAAUAUGUUAAUUUAGUUAUACAACUUGCCUUUGAUGCGUUUGUGUGGUACUUCUUUGGUGGUAAAGUUUUGCUGUAUUUCAUUUGCGGAGGUGUAAUGGCAAUGGGACUACACCCUGUUGCAGGUCAUUUUAUAUCUGAACAUUAUAUGUACAAAAAGGGAUAUGAAACAUACAGUUAUUAUGGUCCUCUCAAUUUUAUCACAUUCAAUGUUGGAUAUCAUAAUGAACAUCACGAUUUCCCAGCAGUACCUGGCUCAAGACUUCCCGAAGUAAGGAAAAUUGCUGCAGAAUUUUAUGACACAUUGCCACACCAUGAUUCUUGGGUAUCAGUUUUGUAUGACUUUGUGAUGGAUCCGGAUAUAGGUCCUUAUGCCCGCAUGAAGCGAAAACAUAGAGGACUGACUUCCUGAAUGUCGCUGCGUUAACCGUGAAAUUGUUUCGGACGAUUAUACCAUAAGCAAUUUUCUAAAGAAAAAAAUGUAUCUUUGCAAGCAUUUACAAAAUUUACAGGAUUAUUAGACGAUCAAAUAUUAACGUUUAAAUAAGUUAAUCAAAAAUAUAAAUAAUGUCAAUAUGAACUUUGCGAUGCAUCAAAUCUGACUAUGCCUUCAACUUGAAGGAUACCUUAACUUGCUGUUUAUACGGACAAGAAAUAUGUAAAAACUACAGAAAUAACUUGUCUGUAUUAUGUGAAAGUAUUAUAGCGCUAUUUUUACGGGUUUUUUUCUGGUAAUGAUACUGGAAUAUUCCUGGUGGAAAUAUUGUUUGUCCCGAUAGACAAUUUAAUCUUUCAUCGUCAUUUACAUAAAGCUAAAUAACUCAACAUUUAUACAUGAAUUAAGAUAAAUUCAGUUUCCAUCAAGGAGUUAAAUAAAUAAAUAUAUAUAUAACUUUUGCCUUUUAUACAUAGAUUCUAGUCACACAUGUCAGGCAAUAUAUUUUUUUGAAUAUUUUUUAUAAAAAGCCAUGUUUGUUGCUAAAGAAAUAGUACUAAACCAUCUCAAUGUUCUCUGUUUGCCAAACUUUAUUUACAUUAAAGGUUUAAACAAGUAUUCAAAUGUUCAAUUUCAUCUCAAGGCAGAUCUGUCAGAAAUAGCGUUUUUUCCGUAUAUAAAGAAAUGCUACGUAUGUAUACUUAUAAUGGUAAAUGUUUUAUUUUUAUACAAAAUGCCCAAACUGUUCGGAAUGAAUGUUCAAUUAUUGGACUAAACUAAUCUGUGAUUAAUGAUGAAAUGGAUUUAAAUAUAUUUUGAGCAUGAAAGUUGUACAAAGCCAUUUACAAAUAAAAAUUUUGUUACAAAAAUUAA